GAGAGUCGGAGAAAGGGAGGCGGGACUGUGUUAAUUAUUCUCCAUCAGUGUGUGCGUGGUGCUCGAUAACAAAAAGCUGUGCAUGUAUGUUUUAACAAUUAAGUGUAUUUUAAUCUAAGUAUAGAGUUUCUGUGUGCGUCGGGGUGCGUGAAAUCCUCCAGCGUUGCGCCGAUCGAGUCGCUGAAAUUCUCAAAGAAGCGUCUGUGGGAGAGUCAGCAGGCGUGGAAGUGAAGUGCGUUGUUGAUCCCCAUCAUCCGGCCUGCUGAGAGGCGACGCCGGGAGCUGGAGUAGGCAGCUGAAGACUCACCAUGGCGGUCAACCUGGACAAGGAAGCGUACUACCGGCGGAUUAAGCGGCUGUACAGCAACUGGAAGAAAGGAGAGGAUGAGUUUGGAAAAGUAGAUGCCAUCGUGGUUUCUGUCGGUGUGGAUGAAGAAAUCGUCUACGCCAAGUCCACAGCCAUUCAGACGUGGCUCUUUGGAUACGAACUGACAGACACCAUUAUGGUGUUUUGUGACACAAAGAUCAUUUUCCUUGCCAGCAAGAAGAAGGUGGAUUUCCUCAAGCAGGUGGCUGUGACCAAAGGAAAUGAGAACGCAAAUGGUGUUCCGCCGAUCACCCUGCUAACGAGGGAAAAGAAUGAAAGCAAUAAGGCAAACUUUGACAAGAUGAUCGAGGCCAUCAAAGGCAGCAAGGAAGGGAAAACAGUCGGGGUGUUCAGCAAGGACAAGUUUCCUGGUGAAUACAUGAAGAGCUGGAAUGAGGCUAUCAGUGCUGAAAAUCUAGAGAAGGUGGAUAUCAGUGCAGUCGUUGCGUACACAAUGGCUGUGAAGGAAGAUGGAGAGCUCAACCUGAUGAAGAAGGCAGCACUUAUCACCAGUGACGUCUAUUCAAAAUUCUUCAAGGAGAGAGUCAUGGAGAUUGUUGAUGCAGAUGAGAAAGUGCGUCAUAGUAAACUGGCUGAGUCUGUGGAAAAGGCCAUUGAAGAGAAAAAAUAUCUGAGUGGCGCCGACCCUUCCACAGUGGAAAUGUGUUAUCCACCCAUCAUCCAGAGUGGAGGAAACUACAACCUCAAGUUCAGUGUUGUCAGUGAUAAAAACCACAUGCAUUUUGGAGCCAUCACGUGUGCCAUGGGGAUCCGUUACAAGUCCUACUGUUCGAACCUGGUGCGCACCCUCAUGGUGGACCCGCCUCAGGAAAUGCAGGACAAUUACAACUUUCUGCUUCAGGUGGAGGAAGAGCUACUAAAGGAGCUCAAACAUGGUGUAAAAAUCAGUGAUGCAUACAAUGCAGUCCUGGAGUAUGUGAAGAAAGAGAAGCCAGAUCUUGUAUCAAAGCUAACCAAGAACCUUGGUUUUGCCAUGGGGAUUGAGUUCCGAGAAGGCUCCUUGGUCCUCAAUACUAAAACACAAUACAAACUGAAAAGGGGAAUGGUGCUCAGCAUCAGCUUAGGCUUUUCUGAACUUGUGAAUAAAGAUGCCAAGAAAGAGGAGCAGAAGAAGUAUGCUCUCUUUAUAGGAGACACCGUCCAGAUCAAUGAGGACGAUGCAGCAACAGUGCUUACACCAGUAAAGAAGAAGAUCAAAAAUGUCGGAAUCUUUCUGAAGAAUGAUGACGAGGAAGAUGAGGAGGAGGAGGGCGACGAUGCUGAGGAGUUACUUGGGAAGGGAGCCCGGAGUGCUGCUCUCCUGGCCGACAGAACCAGGAAUGAACUGACAGCAGAGGAGAAGAGACGUGCGCACCAGAAAGAGUUGGCCAAUAAUUUGAACGAGGAAGCCAAGCGCCGUUUGACAGAGCAGAAGGGAGGACAGCAGAUACAGAAGGCCAGGAAAUCGAACGUGUCCUACAAGAACGUGUCCCAGAUGCCCAGAGAGAAGGAAAUCAGGGAUAUGAAGAUCUUCAUCGACAAAAAAUACGAGACGGUCGUCAUGCCGGUGUUUGGCAUCGCCACGCCGUUUCAUAUCGCUACAAUUAAGAACAUCAGUAUGUCUGUGGAAGGAGACUACACAUAUUUGAGGAUCAACUUCUUCGUCCCUGGCAGCUCUCUGGGUCGUCAGGAGGGAAACAUUUUCCCCAACCCAGACGCCACAUUUGUCAAAGAAAUCACAUACCGAGCGUCCAACCUCAAGGCUCCCGGUGACACGUCGAUCCCCGCCACCAACCUGCAGAACGCAUUCCGCAUCAUCAAGGAGGUCCAGAAGCGCUACAAGACCCGAGAGGCUGAGGAGAAGGAGAAGGAAGGAAUCGUCAAACAAGAUUCCUUGGUCAUCAACUUGAACCGCAGCAACCCCAAACUGAAGGAUCUGUACAUCAGACCCAACAUCGCCCAGAAGAGGAUGCAGGGCUCGCUGGAGGCUCACACCAAUGGUUUUCGGUUCACGUCGGUCCGCGGCGAUAAGGUGGACAUUCUUUAUAACAAUAUCAAACACGCCAUCUUCCAGCCGUGUGAUGGAGAGAUGAUCAUCGUCCUCCACUUCCAUCUGAAGAAUGCCAUCAUGUUUGGCAAGAGGCGCCACACAGAUGUGCAGUUCUACACUGAAGUGGGAGAGAUCACGACAGAUCUGGGCAAACACCAGCACAUGCACGACAGAGACGACCUGUACGCCGAGCAGAUGGAGCGUGAGAUGAGGCACAAACUCAAGUCUGCCUUCAAGAACUUUAUCGAGAAGGUGGAGACGCUGACUAAAGAGGAACUCGAGUUUGAGGUCCCGUUUAGGGACUUGGGCUUCCAGGGCGCCCCCUACAGGAGUACCUGCCUGCUACAACCCACAUCAAGUUCUCUCGUCAAUGUUACUGAAUGGCCACCGUUUGUGGUGACCCUGGACGAGGUGGAGCUGGUCCAUUUUGAACGAGUGCAAUUCCACCUGAAGAACUUCGAUGUGGUCAUCGUGUACAAGGACUACAGCAAGAAGGUCACCAUGAUCAACGCGGUACCAGUCAACUCCCUGGACCCCAUCAAAGAGUGGCUCAACUCCUGUGACAUCAAGUACACGGAAGGUGUGCAGUCUCUGAACUGGACCAAGAUCAUGAAGACCAUCGUGGACGAUCCCGAAGGCUUCUUUGAGCAAGGAGGCUGGUCUUUCUUGGACCCCGAGAGUGAAGGCAGUGGUGGUGAGGAAGACUCCGAGUCCGAGAUGGAAGAUGAGACGUUCAACCCGUCAGAUGGUGAAGACGACUAUGAGGAGGAGGACAGCGAUGAAGACUACAGUUCCGAGACAGAGGACUCAAACUACAGCGCAUCGUUGGGCAGUGAGGAAGAGAGCGGCAAAGACUGGGAUGAGCUGGAGGAGGAGGCCAGAAAAGCGGACAAGGAGAGCACGUACGAGGACGAGGAUUCAUCAAACAAGAAGAGAAAGAUCCGGUCGUCGGCACCACCCAGCAAGAAAAAGCGACGGUCCUAGUUGUUUCACACAUGUUCAUACACACUGCCAAACCGAGCUGACCGGACUUCUCCUUCUACCCAAACUGGCUCUUUGUUUUGUUCUUUUUUUUUUUUUUUUUUUACACAAACACACCGUGUGUGUAGAAGUAGACGUCCUCUUCUGUUUGUGUUGGUCAGUGAAGUUUCUUGUUGAAGUGCUUAAGUACAAGAAAGGCAGUCACGCCGGUUGUUAGUCCUCAUUUCCCUUCUGUUGGUCUGUCCCUCCUCAUCAGGGUGUCAGGUGUGUGCGCAUGUGUGCUCAUGGGGUUUUUACUGUCAAAAUAAGUUUCUUAAAGAACAGGUAACUUAUGCAUCCUCUUAGUGUUUUAUACAAAAACUGAAGUGACUUUCACAACUUGCCAGCGUGUGUCGCUGUAACCUCACCACGGGUCAUAUUUGUUUCGCGGGGCAGAGAAACAUUUUCUGAUUCCAGUCAUGUUCCUUUUUUAAUAGGGUUUGUACAAAUGGAUGCACACAGACACACACACACAGACUCCCUCGCACUUGUUUAUUUUUCUGUUCCUUCUGAGUAGAUGUAAUGUUGAUUCUAAAAAUCUGUUUUUGUUUUUGUAAGGAAAUAAAAAGGAUCUGUAAUUUGA